GAAUGGCAAUGAUCAUUGAACAUUUACUAGGUGGCUGGUUCGGGUGUUGUUGACCUGUGAGAGAUGAAGGAACGCUCUAUCGGUAUGUAUCAGUACAGGUUCGUCGUUGCCGUUACGGUGGUGCUGGCUCUGAGUUACGGUGUUUCAUCGGAACAACUGAGCUCAAGAGAAUGCGAGAAUCUCGGUUUCACCGGACUCGCUUUGUGCUCUGACUGCAAUACUCUAUCCGAGUAUGUCAAAGACAAAGAGUUGGUAUCGGAUUGUCUCAAGUGUUGUGCGGAUGACUCCAAUGAUGCCACUACUAAGAUUACGUACUCUGGAGCAUUACUGGAAGUUUGCAUGAGGAAACUUGUUUUCUAUCCUGAAAUUGUUGGCUUUAUUGAAGAUGAAAAAGACCAGUUCCCUUCAGUUAAAGUUCAAUAUAUUUUUAAUUCCCCACCAAAGCUAAUUAUGCUGGAUAAUGCGGGGCAACAUAAAGAAACAAUCAGAAUUGAUAAUUGGAAACGCGAGCAUAUACUGCAGUAUCUGCGAGAGAAGGUAAAACCUUCAGCGGCAGCUGCUUGAGAAGCUUGUAUUCGAUUUCUCCUUGCUUUGCACUCUUGUUCUUGUCACGAGCUCAAAAAAAGUGAAAGGAGUAUAUAUUGUAACUUAAACAAAACCAGUUAGACUUGCCAUUGUCACUGCUUACUAGGGACAGAAUGAUUCAAAUUAUUAGCGUUUAUGUGAUAGUUGAUGUGAUAAUUGAUUCUGAUGGGGCAGUUUACUUUUUUCCAGUUAUGGCAACUGUAGAGAUAACGUAUUGUAAGUCAUAUAUUGUUUCUUUUAUAGCAACUGUAGAAUAAUGUGCACCUACUGUUUCAAUAUCAACUACUGGUUUUGGCAUUUCUAUAA